CCUCGCGCCCGGCCCCGCCCGCGCGGUAGGCGAGGCCCCGCCGCAGAGGGAGCAGGAGCUGCCGCCCGUCCCGUCCCGUCCCGUCCCGUCCCGCCGGAGCGAGGCAGCGCCGCGGCCAUGGAGCUGGCGGACGGCGUGGUGUACCAGGAGGAGCCGGGCGGCCCGGGCCCCGCCAUGAUGUCGGAGCGGGUGUCGGGGCUGGCGGGCUCCAUCUACCGCGAGUUCGAGCGCCUCAUCGGGCGCUACGACGAGGAGGUGGUGGCCGAGCUGAUGCCGCUCGUGGUGGCCGUGCUGGAGAACCUGGACUCGGUGUGCGCGCACAGCCAGGAGACCAGCGUGGAGCUGGAGCUCCUGCGCGACGACAACGAGCAGCUCCUCACGCAGUACGAGCGCGAGAAGGCGCUGCGCAAGCAGGCCGAGGAGAAAUUCAUUGAAUUUGAAGAUUCUCAAGAACAAGAGAAAAAGGACUUGCAGAUCAGAGUGGAAGCGCUGGAGUCACAAACUCGACAGCUUGAACUGAAAGCAAAAAACUAUGCUGAUCAAAUUAGUAGACUUGAGGAGAGGGAGGCGGAACUGAAAAAGGAAUACAAUGCGCUCCAUUCAAGACAUACAGAGAUGAUACACAAUUAUAUGGAACACUUGGAAAGAACCAAACUCCAUCAGCUAACAGGGGGCGAUCAGCUAGAAUCCACCCCACACAGUAGAAUUAGAAAAGAGCGCCCUAUAUCGCUGGGCAUCUUCCCAUUACCUCCAGGAGAAGCGCUGCUCACGCCUGAUGCUCAGAGAGAAGCAGGGGAAACACCUGGGUCAGAGCAUUGGAAAUUCCACGAGCUAAGUCAUCCACGGUCUCUCACCAGUCUAAAGGAUGAACUUUCUGAUGUUAGUCAAACAGGCUCAAAAUCUACUACUCCAGCAUCAACAACAGCUUCAGAUGUGCCUGUGCUACCUGCUGAAACUCCCCUGAAGGAGGAAGCUGAAGGGCUUGCAAAAAGCGCAGAUGCACUGAACAAGAAAUCGGAUGUAAGCAAGCACAUUGAAGUGCAGGUAGCUCAAGAAACGAGAACGGUGUCUAUUGGUGGUAAUGAAAAUGAAGAAAAAUCUGAAGUUCAGGCAAUCAUUGAGUCCACUCCAGAGUUGGAUAUGGAUAAAGACCUCAGUGGCUAUAAAGGUUCAAGCACGCCCACCAAAGGUAUAGAGAACAAAGCAUUCGAUCGGAAUACAGAAUCGCUCUUUGAAGAGCUGUCUUCUGCUGGCUCUGGCCUAAUUGGAGAUGUGGAUGAAGGUGCAGAUUUACUGGGAAUGGGCCGUGAAGUAGAAAAUCUUAUUCUGGAAAAUACCCAGCUGCUGGAGACCAAAAAUGCGUUGAAUGUGGUAAAAAAUGAUUUGAUAGCAAAAGUGGAUGAGCUGACCUGUGAGAAAGAUGUACUACAAGGAGAAUUGGAGGCUGUAAAACAAGCCAAACAGAAACUUGAAGAGAAGAACAAGGAGUUGGAAGAAGAGCUUAAAAAAGCACGUGCAGAAGCAGAGGAAGCAAGGCAGAAAGCAAAAGAGGAUGAUGAUAGUGAUGUCCCCACCGCUCAGCGGAAGCGUUUUACUCGCGUUGAAAUGGCUCGUGUUCUGAUGGAAAGAAAUCAGUACAAAGAGAGGCUGAUGGAGCUUCAGGAAGCUGUGCGAUGGACUGAGAUGAUAAGAGCAUCAAGAGAAAAUCCAGCCAUGCAAGAAAAGAAGAGAUCAAGCAUUUGGCAGUUUUUCAGCAGGCUGUUCAGUUCAUCAAGCAAUACAGCAAAGAAACCAGAGCCACCUGUUAAUCUUAAGUAUAAUGCCCCAACCUCACAUGUUACCCCAUCAGUCAAGAAAAGAAGCAGCACCUUAUCUCAGCUACCUAGUGACAAAUCUAAAGCGUUUGACUUCCUCAGUGAAGAGACAGAAGCCAGCAUAGCCUCCCGCAGAGAACAGAAGAGAGAACAGUACCGUCAAGUGAAAGCACAUGUUCAGAAGGAAGAUGGCAGAGUGCAAGCAUUUGGCUGGAGUUUGCCUCAGAAGUACAAACAGGUAGCAAAUGGUAGUCAAGGAGAUAACAAGAUGAAGAAUUUGCCUGUGCCUGUCUAUCUGAGACCCUUAGACGAAAAGGAUACUUCUAUGAAGCUGUGGUGUGCCGUAGGGGUGAACUUAUCAGGAGGGAAGACAAGAGAUGGAGGCUCUGUGGUUGGUGCUAGUGUAUUCUACAAUGAUGUGGCAGGUUUGGAAGCAGAUGGCCACAAGCAGCGAACAGGCUCGCAAAGUAGCUUAGACAGACUAGACCAAGAACUCAAGAGUCUGUCUUGUUUGACACAAGCCAGUAUUGCCAGUUUUCAGAAUUUUAUCGACCAACAGAAAGAGUUGAAACAUCAGGAGGAACUGUCGAGUCUCGUCUGGAUCUGUACUAGCACCCAUUCUGCUACAAAAGUUAUCAUUAUUGAUGCUAACCAGCCAGGAAACAUCCUAGAUAGCUUCAUUGUUUGCAAUUCUCAUGUCCUCUGUAUUGCUAGUGUACCAGGGGCUAGGGAAACAGAUUAUCCUGCAGGGGAAGAGGGCUCACAAGAAGCAGAUUCCAGUCAAGUGGACAAGUCCUCUUUGUGUGGGAGUAUGACCAGCAUCAGCUCUGCAGAAACAGAUAGUCUGUUAGGUGGAAUCACAGUGGUUGGUUGUACUGCAGAGGGCAUUACUGCACCACCUCUAGCUCAUGAUGCUAAUGGUGCCUCAUCUGCAACAGAUAAACAGCCAGAAGCUGCAGCUGAAAGUGGUGUGGUGGAUGAAAAUGUCCCAACAGCAGAAGAGGCAACAGAGGCAACGGAAGUCAAUGCUGGGACAGGAGAAGAUGUAGCUGAUGUUUCCCAGACUGGAGUUUACACAGAGCAUGUCUUUACAGAUCCUUUGGGCGUGCAGAAUACAGCAGAGGGUUCUCCAGCAUACCCACCUAGUGAGUCAGACCUGUAUAAAGAUAUAGCAGUGUUGCCAAAUGAACAGGAUCUUGUGAGAGAGGAAGCACAGAAAAUGAGCAGCCUCUUACCCACAAUGUGGCUGGGAGCACAGAAUGGAUGCUUGUAUGUUCAUUCUUCAGUGGCCCAGUGGAGGAAAUGUGUUCAUGCCAUUAAACUUAAAGAUUCUAUUCUCAGUAUUGUACAUGUUAAAGGAAUAGUAUUAGUUGCACUAGCUGACGGAACGUUAGCAAUAUUUCACAGAGGAGUUGAUGGUCAGUGGGACUUGACAAAUUAUCACCUCCUAGACCUGGGUCGACCUCAUCACUCUAUCCGUUGCAUGACUGUGGUACACGACAAAGUCUGGUGUGGUUACCGGAACAAAAUUUAUGUUGUUCAACCAAAGGCCAUGAAAAUAGAGAAAUCAUUUGAUGCACAUCCAAGGAAAGAGAGCCAAGUGAGACAGCUGGCAUGGGUGGGUGAUGGGGUAUGGGUAUCAAUUCGCUUGGAUUCCACGCUCCGGCUCUAUCAUGCGCACACGUAUCAGCAUCUGCAGGAUGUGGACAUUGAACCCUAUGUAAGCAAAAUGCUAGGUACUGGAAAACUGGGGUUCUCCUUUGUGAGAAUCACAGCUCUUAUGGUGUCUUGUAAUCGUUUAUGGGUGGGGACAGGAAAUGGUGUCAUCAUCUCCAUUCCAUUAACAGAAACUGUAAUCCUCCACCAGGGACGUUUACUGGGGCUGAGGGCUAAUAAAACCACAUCAGGUUCUGGAAACCGUCCUGGGAGUGUGAUACGUGUAUACGGUGAUGAAAACAGUGACAAAGUGACUCCUGGGACUUUCAUCCCAUAUUGUUCCAUGGCACACGCACAGCUUUGCUUCCAUGGGCACCGUGAUGCCGUUAAGUUUUUUGUUGCAGUACCUGGUCAGGUUGCUUGUCCACAGAGCAGUGGAGGAUCUGAAAUAUCAGCUGAUAAAACUGGUCAAGAAGCCUUCAGCCAGACUUCCUUGAAAUCUAUGUUGGUGAUAAGUGGAGGAGAGGGCUAUAUCGACUUCAGGAUGGGUGAUGAAGGUGGAGAAUCUGAACUCCUCGGAGAGGCUCUACAACUUGAACCUUCUGUAGCCAAAGCUGAGAGGAGUCACUUGAUAGUGUGGCAAGUCAUGUACGGCAGCGAGUGAGCCCGCUCAGAAGCAGCUGGAGACCGCAAAAAAAUUCUGCAUGUUUUUUUGUUUUAUUUUUGUGGAACCUGUUUCACGCCACGAUGUUGGAGCAUUUCUUUUGCUGUUUAACUUUAUAUCGCAAUUCUGUCAGACCUUAACUAUACAGGAAUUAGCUUGUGCUGUUUUACUGCACCAGUGUUACCUAGGUCAGUAUAAUGAAGUCCAAGAACGUUUCCGUUCCCAGAACGUGUGCAUCAUAGGAGGCAAUCCAGACGCAGUUCACUGGAUCACGACCAUCUAAUCAGCUCACUUUCUUGAUAGUUUCACUUCUGUCCAUUGAGAGAAACUUCAUUACAGCUCAGCUUGAUUUCUGUGAAACAUUUGAGUAAAACAGCAAAGUUAUUCCCUCGGCAUUAUAAAAUUACCCAGCUAAUGUCAGGUGAAUUGUUGAGAUUCAUCCAGGCAGACAUGCAGUGAGGGCUAAAAUAACUGUACACUUUCACUUUCCUUGUCAAACCCGACUAAUCUCGUUUAUAGUGGUCUACAGUUUUGUUUGCCAUCUUCAUCAAGAUUCCUGGGGAAAGAGGAGACUGUAAAGAACUGAAUGAUAUUGAAAUAAAAAUGUAAGGUUUUGUUUGCUGAAGAAUUCUAACGUUAGAGAGCUGCUGCCUUCAACAGGCUUUUUCCAUUCUCCUACCAUGAAUACUUGUCACAUCUCAGUGAUUUUUUUUUUUUUUUUUUUUUUUUCCAAAGGACAUUCUUAGAUGUUGAGAUUAUUUUAAAAUUGGAAAUAAGUUGUAAAUCCGUGAGCGGGAGAUGUGAUUUCUUUUGUUCCCCCCCUUCAUGUCUUAAAUCCAUAUAUAUCCUAACCCCCAGGCGUAAUCUUCUCUGCCUGGUCAAACUCAUGAGGCACUAUGUAGUUGUGGAGGUUACAGACCUCAAUUAGAGCUAGAGAAAUGAUUGACACACACAGGGAAAUCCGUUUGGCCCUAGUGAGAUUGAAGAAGAACUUUAGCUCUACGUAAUUAGGCACAAAAUAUGUACAUUUUAGUUUUCAUACCCCUAUUUAGGCAGUGAAGUACUGCUGGUUAGAGAGAAGACUGCCACAGCAGAUGAAAUAACACUAUAAGACUGAAUAAAUUGACAAAAGCCAGGAGAGUCUAAAAUCAAGGCUGACACUCUCUCUACUCACAGUAUAUAUAUGUAACUACAGCAGUGUGAGUGUAAGAUCAUACGUCUUCCUUUUACUUUGAAUCUCCUGCAUUGAUAUCAGAACUUUAUAUUUAUUUCUUUCAGAUGUGUAAUAUUUAUCCAGUUUGUCCCUUAACUUAGUCUCUGGGAAGUACAAGUUUAGGAAGCCUUUUUAAACAAAUAUUUACAUGUACCCCUAAAUGAUUGGGACCGUUCCUGACAGAUUAGUAGAGAAAUGAACAACUUGACAGUGAGAGACUGGAAUAGUUUCAGAGGAGUAAAUAUUAGAAACACUUUUUUUAAAACUGCCUAAACAUUUUUAUGCAAUAGGAGCAGUUCUGGUCUAUCAGGCAAACAUGUGUUUAUAUAUUUUCUUAAUUUUUUUAAAUGAACACAUUUAGCUGAGGUCUAUUGUGUAAAUAUAUAUUUAGGCAGCUUUUUCAAAUGCAUAUCAUAUUUGAUAAGCCAGAAAAACUCCAUUCAGGUCUAUUGGUUAGAUUUAUAUGUAUAAAUACUUUUUAAGCAGCAUAUUUUGUACAUGGCUGUUCCUUGCGUAAAUAUGUAUUUAGGACAUGAACUAUGUAGUAAAAUCCUUAUGAAAAAUGUCUAAUAUCUUGCUAGUAUUUUUCUCUUCAGGAUGCCAAAAGUGGGGAGAGCAUGUUCACAAAUUAAUUUCCCAAUUUUCAUCUUUCAAAAUCACUCUUAAAUUGCUUUGGCUUAAAGCUAAAACCCGGGAACUUUUUAAAAAAAAAUGAUACAAGUACAUAAAAUCAAACACUGUUAUAAAAACUUAUUUUAAAUAUAUAUAGAUUUGUAUGCUGAAUGUCAAGCACAUUUUUGAGUUAUAACUCGUGAAAUUGGGUGUCUAAGAAAAAUGUUGACUAAACUGUAAUGGUAGUGCAAAAUGCAUCACUGAGUGGUGCAGUUUUAUUACUCCUGCUGUCUUUCCAUUUGAGUUUAACACACUGGCCAUUUGAAAACUGUCUCCAAAGCUUUACUCACCAGUGGCUUGUCACACUCAUGGUCUCAGAAGAAGAAAAAACGCACAAUUCUGUUCCCUGGAUCUUUAUUCUAGUAUUUGAUUUGUACUUAUUAGUGAGCUGUUUCUCUAAACUGCUUCACUGCUGUCAAAUAGAGCAGACGUGUCUGGCAAGUGCUUACCUAGUCUUUUGCCAAAUGUAUCUGGUACACUGUGUCAUUCCAGUUGCUUCAAUGGACCAGCUCUUGCAGGUGUUUACAGAGACAGAAAUGUUCUGUCCAGUAGUGGAGGGGUUUUGAAGAAAACACUAGCUAUAAUUCUAGUACCACUGGGUAUAGACAAGGGGUUUGUGCACUACCCUGCAUUGAUUCAUUUCAAGUUUCCUCCCCCGUCCUAAAGAAUAGUAGGUGUUGGAGAUGUGUAUUUCUCAUCACAGUGCACUGGGAUUUAUAAACUCCCUGCUCCGGGUCACUUUGAAGGGUGGGUAAAGCACGUCAAAACCAUGUAUCGAGAUGUCAAUAUCCUCCUGAAAACCCAAGUCUCAAGAACGUGUUUAUGCAUCACGCUCAUGUGGUUUAAGCAUCAUAUAAAUAGGAAUGAAGCUCUUGAUAGUUACAGCUUGUUAAUCGUUUGAAAACAUUUCGAGCACAAAAAAUAUGCAGCACAUUACUUGUCUGGAUAAGUGUGUUUGCAUGGUAAAGGUAAAAUGAAUUAUAUAAGCUGCUGUAUUGUUCAUUUCUUGUCAAGGUCUUCCUGCAUUGGAUCAGAUAGAGCUGGCAGAGUGUAGACACUUUAUCAUAGGCUGCCUUAGUAACGAACACAUGUUAAAUCUGUUUUAUUAUACUAACUGUUCUAAAGAACGUGUGUCUUUUUAAAAUGCUGUGUAACUGAAUAUUUAUUUCCAUGUGAGUAUUAUAAAAGUUACCAAAGGAUUAAACCUGACUUAGCACUCUUGUAAGUGACCCUGUUGAGGUGGGGGUCUUACAAAGACCCUCUUCUGUAAAAUGAGACACAGUCAACUAAAUACAGCUCUUGGUGAAGUUAAAUGGUUUUUUCUAACAGGGUUAUGCCAUAUUGUAACAACCUAUGUUGCACCUCAAAGCAUUUUUUUUCUAUACACUAAACGUCGCUCCUUCCCUCUAACAAAAUUAAGUUUCCUUUAUUAAUUUUGUUGCACAUUUCUCAACCUUUUAAAUCUAUUUUAAACAUUUUAUGGUCUGUAAUUUUUUGGAAGUUUUUUGUCUGUUAGACACUUUACGCUGAAUUUUACUCGCCUCUGUAACCCGAGAUGGAUACUACAGCGUUAAACUUGCUGUCUGUUAAAAACUUGAGGCUUCUUUUCUGUGAGCAGGAAGCUCAUAUAGCAGUGUAGUUAUUUCAGUAUUUAUUUCUAUUAUUGAAUCCUUGGGGUUCAGAAUGUAACUUUGUACAUGAAAUAUAUAUAAAUAUGUAUAUGAAACAUG